UGCCCCCUGAUCUCUUUGUGUGUGCGUGCGCGCGCGCGGGGCGUGUGUAGUGUGCGAGAUAGAAAAAGGAGACGAACGACGUCGUGCGCACACGCAGGAAGCAGACAUCCCCAAAAAAUAAGACAACAAAUGUGGUGAAAUUCAACCAACGUAGCAGUUACCUGAACAAAGGAGAGCCCGCCAACUAUUGAUUGAGACGACAACUGAGGCUGGACUUUUUUUUUUUUUAAGGGGGAGGGAAACCGUGUGGAGUCAACUUACUCGACGAACUGGCAACCAACCGUGGAUUAUUAUCGCACAAAGCAACUUUUGAUUUAGUUAGCCUAAGUGCUAGCUAGCCAAACAGCAAAGGGGGGGAAAGUUUCCGCCGUCCGAGAUGUCUGGGAGCGAGGACGACAGAGACGACUACGGAGCACCGCCGGACGACCGCUUGAUGCACGAUGACGAAGAUGAAGACAUUUCAGAGAAUGAGACUCAGAAAGUAAAGAAGAAGAAGAAGGCCAAAAAGAGCCGAGAAAGUAAGAGCAGCAAGAGGCGGUCGCGAAGAGAGGAACUCGCCAUCAGCUCCCCGGAGCCCAUGGACACUGCCGGGCCCGAGGAGGAUGGCGUCCAGGUCCGCCGCUCCGACAGCGAAGGCAGCGACUACAUGCCGGGACGCAAGAAGAAGAAACGCGCUAGCAGCGGCAAAGAGAAGAAGCGCAGCAGCGAACGGGGCUCGUCCAAGAAGAAAGAGCCAGAGCCGGAGGAGGAAGACGAUGACGAAGAUGAUGACGACUUUGCGGAACCCAAAUCAUCAUCGCAGCUGCUGGAGAACUGGGGCAUGGAGGACAUCGAUCACAUCUUCACCGAAGAGGACUAUCGUUCGCUAACAAACUACAAAGCCUUCAGUCAAUUCGUCAGGCCGCUUAUUGCCGGAAAGAACCCCAAAAUCGCCGUUUCCAAAAUGAUGAUGGUUCUCGGCGCCAAAUGGCGAGAGUUCAGCACCAAUAACCCUCUGAGAGGAGCGGCCGCUGCCAACGCCGCCCUGGCCACGGCCAAUGUUCCCGCCGCCGUGGACAACAUGGUGGCCGAGGCCGCCCCGCCGCCGCCCGCCCCGGAAGAGCCAGAGCAGCCCCCUGCGCCUCCCCUCCGAAAAGCCAAAACGAAGGAAGGCAAAGGUCCAAACGCCCGCAAAAAGUCAAAAGCGGCGUCCAAACCGCAAGAGAAGAAGAACAAUGCCAAGACUAAGAAAGUGGCGCCGCUCAAGAUCAAGUUGGGAGGCUUCAACAGCAAGAGGAAACGAUCAUCGAGCGAGGAGGACGAGCCCGAUGUGGACAGCGACUUUGAGGACGGCAGCGUGAACAACGUUUCUGUCUCGGAAGGCUCCAACAGUCGCAGCUCUCGUAGCAAAAAGAAGCCUUCGUCCAAGGCCAAGCCCAAGAGGAAGAAAGCCGAGGACGCCGACGGCUACGAGACGGACCACCAGGACUACUGCGAGGUGUGUCAGCAGGGCGGCGAGAUCAUCCUGUGCGACACAUGUCCGCGAGCCUACCACAUGGUCUGCCUGGACCCCGACAUGGAGAAAGCUCCAGAGGGCACCUGGAGUUGCCCGCACUGCGAAAAGGAGGGCAUCCAAUGGGAGGCGCGGGAGGAGCCCUCGGAAGGCGAGGAGGAAACCGCCGACGGCGGGGAGAUGGAGGAGGAUGACCACCACAUGGAGUUCUGCCGGGUGUGCAAGGACGGAGGCGAACUGCUGUGCUGCGACUCGUGUCCGUCAUCCUACCACAUACACUGCCUCAACCCGCCUCUGCCCGAGAUCCCCAACGGAGAGUGGAUCUGCCCGCGCUGCCUGUGCCCACCGAUGAAGGGGAAGGUCCAGAGGAUCUUGACAUGGCAGUGGGGAGAACCUCCUCCGCCGACGCCGGUGCCUCGACCGCCAGACCUCCCGGCGGACGCGCCCGACCCCGCCCCGCUGGCAGGGCGGCCCGAGCGAGAGUUCUUCGCCAAGUGGUCAAACCUGUCCUACUGGCACUGCUCUUGGGUCACCGAAUUGCAGCUGGAACUCCACUGCCAGGUGAUGUUCAGGAACUACCAGAGGAAAAACGACAUGGACGAGCCGCCGCCCAUCGACUUUGGCGACGGGGAGGAAGACAAGAGCGAAAAGAGGAAGAACAAGGACCCCAUGUAUGCCAAGCUGGACGAGAAGUACCUACGCUUUGGAAUCAAGAUGGAGUGGCUGAUGAUUCAUCGGAUCCUCAACCACAGUGUGGACAGAAAGAACACCGUGCACUACCUGAUCAAGUGGCGCGAGCUGCCGUACGAUCAGGCCACCUGGGAGGCGGACGACAUGGACAUCCCCGAGUUUGACACCUACAAGCUGCAGUACUGGAACCACAGAGAACUGAUGUUGGGUGACGACGGCAAACCGGGAAAGAAAAUCAAGGUCAAAGGCCGCGUCAAACGUCUGGACCGGCCUCCGGAGAACCCCGUCGUAGAUCCUACUAUCAAGUUCGACCGUCAGCCCGAGUACCUGGACAGCACGGGCGGAACGUUGCACCCUUACCAGCUGGAAGGCCUUAACUGGCUGCGAUUCUCCUGGGCGCAGGGCACCGACACCAUCUUGGCUGACGAGAUGGGGCUGGGCAAGACGGUCCAGACGGCCGUCUUCCUAUACUCUCUUUAUAAAGAGGGUCACUCCAAGGGUCCGUUCCUGGUCAGCGCGCCGCUCUCCACCAUCAUCAACUGGGAGAGAGAGUUUGAAAUGUGGGCCCCCGGUAUGUACGUGGUGACCUACGUGGGGGACAAAGACAGCCGGGCCGUUAUCCGCGAGAACGAGUUCUCCUUCGAGGACAACGCCAUCCGAGGUGGUAAAAAAGCCUCCAGGAUGAAGAAAGACUCGUCCAUUAAGUUCCACGUACUGCUGACGUCGUACGAGCUGAUCACCAUCGACAUGGCCAUCCUGGGCUCUAUCGACUGGGCCUGUUUGGUGGUGGACGAGGCCCACAGACUCAAGAACAACCAGUCCAAGUUUUUCCGAGUCUUGAACAACUACCCGCUGCAACACCGACUGCUGCUAACCGGAACACCGUUACAAAACAACCUGGAGGAACUGUUCCACCUCCUCAACUUCCUCACGCCCGAGAGGUUCAGCAACCUGGAGGGCUUCCUGGAGGAGUUUGCCGACAUUGCCAAAGAGGACCAGAUCAAGAAGCUCCACGACAUGCUGGGUCCGCACAUGCUCAGGAGGCUCAAGGCCGACGUAUUCAAGCACAUGCCCUCUAAGACCGAGCUGAUCGUGCGGGUGGAGCUCAGUCCGCAGCAGAAGAAGUACUACAAAUUCAUCCUGACCCGAAACUUUGAAGCGCUUAACACCAAAGGAGGCGGCAACCAGGUGUCGCUGCUCAACGUGGUGAUGGAUCUCAAAAAAUGCUGCAACCACCCCUUCCUCUUCCCCGGAGCCGCCAUGGAAGCCCCAAAGCUGCCCAACGGUAUGUACGACGGCAGCUCGCUCAUCAAAGCCGCCGGCAAGCUGAUGUUGCUGCAGAAGAUGAUGAGGAAGCUGAAGGACGGAGGACACAGAGUACUCAUCUUCUCUCAGAUGACCAAAAUGUUGGACCUGUUGGAGGAUUUCCUGGAGAACGAGGGCUACAAAUACGAGCGUAUAGACGGCAGCAUCACGGGAGGGAUGAGGCAGGAAGCCAUCGACCGCUUCAAUGCUCCGGGCGCUCAGCAGUUCGCCUUCCUUCUGUCUACGAGGGCCGGAGGUCUUGGGAUCAACCUGGCUACCGCCGACACCGUUAUCAUCUACGACUCGGACUGGAAUCCGCACAAUGACAUACAAGCUUUCAGUCGAGCUCAUCGAAUCGGUCAGAACAAAAAAGUCAUGAUCUACCGCUUUGUCACCAAGGCGUCUGUGGAGGAGAGGAUCACGCAGGUGGCCAAAAAGAAGAUGAUGCUGACCCACUUGGUGGUCCGACCCGGCCUGGGCUCCAAGACUGGUUCCAUGUCCAAGCAGGAACUGGACGACAUCCUCAAGUUUGGAACGGAGGAGCUCUUCAAGGAUGAGGGCGAGGGCGAGAACAAGGAGGAGGACAGCAGCGUCAUCCAUUACGACGACAAGGCCAUCGACCGUCUGCUGGACCGAAACCAGGACGCCACCGACGACACGGAGCUGCAGAGCAUGAAUGAGUACCUCAGCUCCUUCAAGGUGGCGCAGUACGUGGUCAAAGAUGAGGAUGAAGAGGAGGAGGAGGUGCAACGCGAGAUCAUCAAGCAAGAGGAGAGCGUGGACCCCGACUAUUGGGAAAAGCUGCUGCGCCACCAUUACGAGCAGCAGCAGGAGGACUUGGCCCGCAACCUGGGCAAAGGCAAGCGCAUACGCAAGCAGGUCAACUACAACGACGGCUCGCAGGAGGACCGAGGUGAGACGUCCGUCGCAGUCCUAUUAGUCCUGUGCAUCACCGACUUCUCGCUAAUGAUGUUUUUUUUUUUUUUCUUUCUUCGUCCAUCAGCCGACUGGCAGGACGACCAAUCGGACGGCCAGUCGGAUUACUCUGUGGCUUCUGAGGAGGGAGACGAGGACUUUGACGAACGAUCGGAAGCCAAUUCACGGCGGCCCAACAGGAAAGGCCUGCGUAACGACAGAGACAAGCCACUUCCCCCCCUGCUGGCCAGGGUGGGAGGCAACAUUGAGGUGUUGGGCUUCAACUCGCGGCAGAGGAAGGCCUUCCUGAACGCUGUCAUGCGUUACGGCAUGCCGCCGCAAGACGCCUUUACCACGCAGUGGUUGGUCCGAGACCUGCGAGGGAAAUCGGAGAAGGAGUUCAAGGCUUAUGUCUCUCUGUUCAUGCGUCACCUGUGCGAACCCGGAGCCGACGGCGCCGAGACCUUCGCGGACGGCGUCCCCAGGGAAGGCUUGUCGCGGCAACAUGUGCUGACCCGCAUCGGCGUCAUGUCACUCAUCCGGAAGAAGGUGCAAGAGUUCGAGCACGUCAACGGCCUGUGGUCGCUGCCGUGGAUGGCCGAACUGGAGGAGAACAAGAGGGCCGCGCAGCCCGACUCGCCGGGAAAGACGCCGUCCACUGGGACGCCCGCAGACACGCAACCCAACACGCCCGCUACAGUUGACGAAUCAAAAAGCGAUGAGCCCGUCAAGGACGGAGACAAAGAAGUGAAAAAAGACGGCGAGCCGGACAGGAACGGAAAAGACGCCCCCAAGAGCGGGAACGAGGUCAUCGCCAUCCCCGACGACCAGGACAAGAGUCCGCCGCUGCCGGAGGAGAAGAAGAAGACAGAGGAGCCCGCGGAGGCGGCCAAGGCCACCAACGGAGAAGCCGAUGGCGCCAAGGACGGCGAGAGCGACAAGAAAAGUCCGAGUACGGAAGACUCUGCUUCGCCGUCAGAUGCCAAGAGCGAAGACUCAAAAAAUCAAGACUCUGAGGGCAAAGAUGACAAGCCAGAGAAGAUGGACACGACUCCUGCCCCAGAGGACAAGAAAGUCGCCAAGGACGAUAAAGAGGCUCCGAAAAGCGAGGAGGUAGCCAAACUGCAAAACGGCGACGGCACCAAGGAGAGUGCCGCCGCCCUGGAGGAGAAGAAGAAAGCCAAGGGCCGCUUCAUGUUCAACAUCGCCGACGGAGGCUUCACGGAACUCCACUCGUUGUGGCAGAACGAAGAGCGUGCCGCCACUGUGACUAAGAAGACCAAUGAAAUCUGGCACCGACGUCACGACUACUGGUUGCUGGCGGGAAUCAUACAACACGGCUACGCUCGCUGGCAAGACAUCCAGAACGACGCCAAGUUCGCUAUCCUCAACGAGCCCUUCAAGGGGGAGAUGAACCGAGGAAACUUCCUGGAAAUCAAGAACAAGUUCUUGGCCAGGAGAUUCAAGCUUUUGGAGCAGGCGCUAGUGAUCGAGGAGCAGCUACGCCGUGCCGCCUACCUCAACAUGUCUGAGGACCCGUCGCACCCCUCCAUGGCGCUCAACACACGCUUCAGCGAGGUGGAGUGCCUGGCCGAGUCGCACCAACACCUCAGCAAGGAGUCCAUGUCGGGAAACAAGCCGGCCAACGCCGUCCUGCACAAAGUGCUGAAGCAGCUGGAGGAGCUCCUGAGCGACAUGAAAGCGGACGUGACCCGUCUGCCGGCGACCAUCGCCCGAAUCCCGCCGGUGGCCGUCCGUCUACAGAUGUCUGAGAGGAACAUCCUCAGCCGCCUGGCCAGCCGCGGGCCUGACACGCACACGCAGACGCACGCCCAACAGAUGUCUCAACAGUAGACAGAUAGAUGACGUUCAGCUCUUUUACCUCUGAAAACCCCGCCCCCAAACCGACCGACCACAUUCCUGAUUGGCGCUGGAUUUUGCGCCCGAGCUUGAAGCCACGCCCAGCUGUUCUUUGCCCCGCCCCCAACCAACAGACUGAGUUUCCGGAAGGACAAACUCCCCUUACCGACUCCCUGUUUGAGGCUGUGGACACAAAAGCAAUUUUAUUUUUGUUCCUCCUUUUUUCAACUUCUGUAUUAAUAUUAUUGAUAUAAUGUUAUUAUGAUGGUUUUUUUGGGACCUAAUAAAAAGUGAAACAAAGUCA